AUGACCCCCCUUAAAAUACCACGCCACGUAGACGUUAUAGACGGCAGACCGAUCAAGUCAGGAAAGAUUACCCAUAUUAUCGAUGUCUCGCUAGACAUUCAUGGCCAUCGAGAAACUGCAUCAUGUUUUGUGACAAAGUUGGGACACUAUCCGAUUGUGAUGGGGAUACCUUGGAUGCGACGUCAUGACGUUACCAUUCGACCAAAGGAAAAUUUACUUAUUUUCGACUCUCAAAACUGCUGUCAAAAUUGCUCGCUUAGUGGAACCACAGUUAUAGUUCAUGGCAUAUCAAUUCCUCUACCGGAAACCCACGCCGUUACCAUUUUGGCGACCGGGGAACCUACAAUCGAUAUCAACCAACUAAUACCAAAGGAGUUCCAUCACUAUAUCCAUAUGUUUGAAGAAAAUGAUGCUUCUGCACUUCCGCCACAUCGACCAUUCCAUGAUAUGAAGAUAGUAUUAGAGGAAGGCAAGCAACCGCCAUGGGGACCAAUAUAUGCCCUAUCCCAAGUUGAAUUGAAGGCACUCUGGGAGUACCUUCAAGAGAACCUACCUAAGGGAAUUAUCCGACAUAGUGAAUCGCCAGCAGGAGCACCUAUAUUAUUCGUCAAGAAAGCCGAUGGAACUCUUCGUUUAUGUGUCGACUAUCGGGGCCUCAAUGCAAUUACGAUUAAGAAUCGUUAUCGUAUAGGAGACAAAGUUUUCUUGUCAACCCGCCAUAUUCUAACAAAGCGACCCUCCAAGAAGUUUGAUUGGAAACGGAUUGGUCCUUACAGCAUCAAACGAAUCGUCAACCCCUAUGCUUAUGAGCUAGAACUUCCCCGCUCCAUGAAGACCCAUCCAGUAUUCCACGUUUCAUUGUUAUCACCUGAAGCGGGUAAUCCAUUACCUGGACAACAACAGUCACCACCACCUCCAGUUGAGAUCGAAGGGGAAGAAGAAUGGGAAGUCGAGGAUAUUGUGGACUCUAGGAAACGAAGGGGUGCCUUCGAGUAUCUGGUACGAUAUACUGGAUACGAAGAUGCCUCUUGGCAACCGCUAUCGGACCUUGAGCAUUCACCUGAUAUUGUUCGACGGUUCCAUGAACGCUAUCCACGGAAACCUAAGCCUACCAGGAGGUAG